CAUACAACACACAACACUCAAAAUCCAACUCAGAAUUUCAAGUUCUCUCUUCUGAUCCUGUUGGGAACCAGGCAGGGGAACAUUUUUUUUUUUUUGAGACCAAGUCUCGCUCUGUCACCCAGGUUGGAGUGCAGUGGUGUGAUCUUGGCUCACUGCGAGCUCCGCCUCCCGGGUUCACGCCAUUCUCCUGGCUCAGCCUCCUGAGUAGCUGGGACUACAGGCGCCCGCCACCACGCCCGGCUAAUUUUUUGUAUUUUUAGUAGAGAUGGGGUUUCACUGUGUUAGCCAAGAUGGUCUCGAUCUCCUGACCUCAUGAUCCGCCCACCUCGGCCUCCCAAAGUGCUGGGAUUACAGGCUUGAGCCACCGCGCCUGGCCUAGGCAGGGGAACAUACUGAUCCCAUUUCCAGUGGGGAACCUCAGACCCUAGGAGGAGAGACCAGCAAAGGGCACCACCCUAGAUGCUGGGGAGGACUCAGAGGUAUUGGUGGAUGGGGUCAGACAGCCCUGGUCUUGUCCCAGCUCUGCCUUUGCCAGCUCUUAGAGCCUCAGCUUCCUCAAUGCUAAAGGGGAUAACAGUCACUACCUCACCAGGUGGUUGUGAAUAUAUGGAGGGCACCGGUAACACAGUUGAUUCGUGUUGCCCCUCACCGACCCCUUUUUCAUUCCCAUGGGGAACAGCCAAGGCCGGGGAGUUAUGACUCCAGUGAUAGACUGCUCCAUGUGAGUGACUGUGUGUGUGUAUCUGUGUGUUGGGGUCAGGGACACCUGAACUGUGUGGUGUUAUAGGAGUCAGUGAACCUCUUAGCCUCAGUUUCCCUAUCUGUACAAUGGGUAAAGUGAUGAUACCUCAGGAUUUUUGCAAGAAUUAAAUGACGUCCUCCAUGCCAAACUGGUAGCAAGGGACCUCAGGACAUGCUCAUGUUAUCUGUGAUCAUAAAAAUGUGAUCACGUAGCUUGGUUGGGGGUUCCGAGAGUACUGGGAUCUUUUCCUCGCCUGAGCUGUCCCCUGCUGGCAGUGGACAGCACUACCUCCCUUACUUGUGCACAUUUCAACUUCACCUGUCAGCCAACACUAUACCCAUUUUAAAGACAAUGAAAAUGGAGGCAAAGGAAAGAAGGGUGACUUUCCUGAGGACACUGACCAACUUGUUGAACUCCAUAUAACAAGUCAUCAUCAAAGCUAACAGCUUGUAACACUUGUGUCAAGCAGGGCCUUGGGCACCUUUGCGGAUGAGAAACUGGUGUCUAUGGUAAGCAGAUGCUGCCUGGCCUAGACACAGGCGUGGCAAGGAGACUGUGUGGGACUUCAGUACCCAAACGCCCCUCACCCUGCGCCAACUAUAGGGAGCGGCACUGCAGCCAACACAUCACAACUUACAAUAUCCCUUGGAUUGGAUUCAAUUAUUAGCCUGGUUUUCCAGUUCAUAAAGCCAAGACUCCCAGACAACCUCGCUCCACCCACAGUCUGACCCUGGGCCCUCACCACUACUCCCCAUUCGGCCUAGGCCCUUCCACAUGCCCCACCCAGACCGUGGUUUUGUGAGUCCGUCCAGACCUGUAAAAGUGGACUGCAGGCCCGCCUCUGCUCUGGACUCCCUUUCGGGGCUGCAGGAGGCUUUCUGAUCCAUCAGGCAUCUGACAAGCCCCAGGAAACUGCCAGCCUGUUUGUGCUAAGGAAACUGAGGCUCGGGAAUGUUUAGCGGCUGCUUCCAGGCCCGUGGCGGGUGAGUGGUGGUACAGUGAAGCACUCGAGGCGUUUCUCCGCGCCCCAACACGAGUGAGACCACCUCAGCCCUGGCCCGAGCCCACUCGACCGUAGCCUCGAUUCCCGGCACCGAGAGCUUUGCAACUUCCAAGUCUCCACUCCCAGGCCCCGAGUCCCGAGAGUCAGGGGGAGCCACAUUACUCCUAUUGUGUAGGUUCCCACCUGCAAGAGUAAGGUUGGGGUCGCUGGGGUGAAACGCCAAAGGAAAGCGGGAUCGGGACUGAGGGAGGGGGAUUCCCAAGUCCCUGACACCAGCGCCGGGUCAGCCUGGGCUUGGUGACCUCGUCAGUCCCGUCUGCCGGGACUAGGCCGCGGCCAGGCCGGGCACAGAAGCACCCGGUCCGGCGCGUGUGCGGCCUGCAGACAAAAGGCCAAGCCCGCAGGGCCAAUCCGCGCACCACCCCGUAGCGACUGGGGGCGGGAGCCGGAGAGCCGAGAAGCUUGUCUCGGCGCGUCUAUUGGCUGGUAUUGACGCCCAUCCGGACCCCGAGGCCAGGCAGUUGGCCAAGGGGGGCGGGGUUUGUAGAGCCCCAAUGAAUGGGGGAGCCGGAAGCAGGAAGUGAAUUUGGGAACGGAGCAGCUGCUGCAGCAGGGCCCAUGGCGGACACCCAGUACAUCCUGCCCAAUGACAUCGGCGUGUCUAGCCUGGACUGCCGUGAGGCCUUCCGCCUGCUGUCACCCACAGAGCGCCUCUAUGCCCACCACCUGUCCCGUGCUGCCUGGUAUGGAGGCCUGGCUGUGCUGCUUCAGACCUCCCCCGAGGCCCCUUACAUCUAUGCUCUGCUCAGCCGCCUCUUCCGCGCACAGGACCCCGACCAGCUGCGCCAACAUGCCCUGGCUGAGGGCCUUACCGAGGAGGAGUAUCAGGCGUUCCUGGUCUAUGCCGCGGGUGUUUACUCCAACAUGGGCAACUACAAGUCCUUUGGUGACACCAAGUUUGUUCCCAACUUGCCCAAGGAAAAGCUGGAACAGGUGAUCCUAGGGAGUGAGGCUGCUCAGCAGCACCCCGAAGAAGUCAGGGGCCUCUGGCAGACCUGUGGGGAGCUUAUGUUCUCUCUGGAGCCAAGGCUUCGACACCUCGGACUGGGGAAAGAGGGAAUCACCACCUAUUUCUCUGGGAAUUGUACCAUGGAAGAUGCCAAAUUGGCCCAGGACUUUCUGGACUCACAGAACCUCAGUGCCUAUAACACCCGGCUCUUCAAAGAGGUCGAUGGAGAAGGGAAGCCCCACUACGAGGUGCGGCUGGCUUCUGUGCUUGGCUCAGAGCCUUCCCUGGACUCUGAGAUGACUUCCAAGCUGAAGAGCUAUGAAUUCCGGGGAAGCCCUUUCCAGGUGACCCGAGGGGACUAUGCGCCCAUCCUCCAGAAGGUGGUGGAGCAGCUGGAGAAAGCCAAGGUGUAUGCAGCCAACAGCCACCAGGGGCAGAUGCUGGCCCAGUAUAUAGAGAGCUUCACCCAGGGCUCCAUCGAGGCCCACAAGAGGGGCUCCCGCUUCUGGAUCCAGGACAAAGGCCCCAUCGUGGAGAGUUACAUCGGGUUCAUCGAGAGCUACCGUGACCCCUUUGGUUCCCGAGGAGAAUUUGAAGGUUUCGUAGCUGUGGUGAACAAGGCCAUGAGUGCCAAGUUUGAGCGGCUAGUGGCGAGCGCAGAGCAGCUGCUGAAGGAGCUGCCCUGGCCCCCAGCCUUUGAGAAGGACAAGUUCCUCACCCCCGACUUCACCUCCCUGGAUGUUCUCACCUUUGCUGGCUCCGGCAUCCCUGCUGGCAUCAACAUCCCCAAUUACGAUGACCUGAGGCAGACGGAAGGCUUUAAGAACGUGUCACUGGGGAAUGUGCUGGCUGUGGCCUACGCCACGCAGCGGGAGAAGCUCACCUUUCUGGAGGAGGAUGACAAGGAUCUGUACAUCCUCUGGAAGGGGCCCUCUUUCGAUGUGCAGGUGGGCCUGCACGAGCUGCUGGGCCAUGGCAGCGGCAAGCUCUUCGUACAGGAUGAAAAAGGAGCAUUCAACUUUGACCAGGAGACAGUGAUCAACCCAGAGACGGGCGAGCAGAUUCAGAGCUGGUAUCGGAGCGGGGAGACCUGGGACAGCAAGUUCAGCACCAUCGCCUCCAGCUACGAAGAGUGCCGGGCUGAGAGCGUGGGCCUCUACCUCUGUCUCCACCCGGAAGUGCUGGAGAUCUUUGGCUUUGAGGGGGCUGAUGCGGAGGACGUGAUCUACGUGAACUGGCUCAACAUGGUUCGGGCUGGGCUGCUCGCUCUGGAGUUCUACACACCUGAGGCCUCCAACUGGCGACAGGCCCAUAUGCAGGCCCGGUUUGUGAUCCUGAGAGUCUUGCUGGAGGCUGGCGAGGGACUCGUUACCAUCACUCCCACCACAGGCUCUGAUGGGCGCCCAGAUGCCCGGGUCCGCCUCGACCGCAGCAAGAUCCGGUCUGUGGGCAAGCCUGCUCUAGAGCGCUUCCUGCGGAGGCUUCAGGUUCUGAAGUCCACAGGGGAUGUGGCCGGAGGGCGGGCCCUGUACGAGGGGUAUGCGGCAGUCACUGAUGCGCCCCCGGAGUGCUUCCUCACCCUCAGGGACACGGUGCUGCUGCGUAAGGAAUCUCGGAAGCUCAUCGUUCAGCCCAACACUCGCCUUGAAGACUCAGACGUGCAGCUUCUGGAAUACGAGGCCUCGGCUGCUGGCCUCAUCCGAUCCUUCUCCGAGCGUUUCCCAGAGGAUGGACCCGAGUUGGAGGAGAUCCUCACACAACUGGCCACAGCUGAUGCCCGAUUCUGGAAGGGCCCCAGUGAGGCCCCAUCUGGCCAGGCUUGAGGAAGAUGUGUGGCCUCUCCCCUAACUCCAAGAAACCAAGGCUGCAAGUGGCCCUCCAUUCGUGUGUGUUUUUAGGGGCUAGGGGAGGGGGAGGGGCAGGAUCUUGGACCUUGGUACUACCUCAGCUGAGGGUGGUGACACUAACCCCUUCCAUUUGUCAGCACUUUCCAGCUUGCCAAGUGCUUCCCCUCUGUGAUCUCAUUUCAUCUGCACUGCCAUACCUGGAGUGAGCAAGACAGGGCUCACCAUCCUGUCUACCAGAUGAGGAAAUGGCAGUUCUGAGAAGUCACUGGUCUAGAUUCCACAGGUGGCACGUGACAGCUAGGGUUCAAAAUGUUCUCACCUAAUCCAGUGCUCCUCACAUAUUAAUUUUAUAACCAGACAAAUAAAUAUUAGAGACAACCACCAUA